AUGACCUCGCAAGGGACAUUAGAAACACGGGGGGAGGAAGGGAUGAGAGAAGGAGAACAAGGGGAGGUGGGAGACAGGGAUCCCAGUAGGAACAAGGGAGUGUCCCGCGACACGGGACGAGCGUCAGAUGCAACCAAGGAGGAAAUUGUCGGCAGGAGAUCGUUGGAACUAGGAACUUCCACCGGGGGCGAGACGCGAUCUGGGGAGGCAGGUCCAUCAUGGGAACAGCAGGAAUAUGAUCAGAAAUGGGACUUUGUGGAAGGGGGAUGGGAUGACCAAAAGAAAAGAGUCGACAAUGCAAGCAUGGUUCUAGGGAACCAGGGCGAGCAUCAACUUAACCUGCGUGUUGGGCAGCAGUCAGGAAUGCUUUGUCGGAGGAAAAACGAGAGUGGGUAA